AUGCGCAGAUUCCGGAGUAUCUUUGAGAAGAAGCGGCCGGAUGGCCAACAGCCGCUUCAGCAGCAUCAGCAGCCACCUGCCUCGGACGGGUCGCAAUCACCCGCUGCUCCACCUCCUACAGGAGACGACAAUUUUGCUGUCCAAGCAGUCUCGGGCACCCUCAGCAUCGCGCUGGUCAAUCAGUUUGCCGCCGGCACUACCGUUUACGCCACCGUCAGCGGUCGGGCGAUCGACAACAACAAUGCGUUGUUCUUGCUCGGUGCGGAUGGCAGGACGCCAUACUAUCCGCCUAGCCCAGGGUCAACGAUGUCGCCAGUCUCUCAAAAUACAGCCAUCCGCCUCGGCGGCACCGGCAGUACGACGAAUCUAACAGUGCCGCACAUCGCUGGAGGACGAAUCUAUUUCUCGCUCGGUCAGCCGCUCAAGUUCUUUAUCAAUCCUGGCCCGGCUCUGGUUGAGCCCUCCGUGUCUAAUCCGUCCGACCCCAACGUCAACCUGGAUUGGGGCUUUUGUGAGUUCACCUUUAACUCCGACCAACUCUACGCCAACAUCUCCUAUGUCGACUUUGUCUCCGACAUUCCCGUCGCCCUCACCCUCACCACCAUCAACUCCGGCACCCGAACCGUCCGAGGCCUCAAACCCAACGGACUCAACAACAUCGCUUCCGCGCUCCGUGCCCAGCACGCCGCGGACGGUAAGCCGUGGGACCAACUCAUCGUGACCCAUCAGAACCGCAACCUGCGCGUCCUAUCGCCCAAUCUCGGGCGCGUGGGCAACAACUCCCUCUUCAACGGCUACUUCGAGCCCUACGUCGACCAAGUCUGGUCCCGCUUCGCCACCCAGCCCAUGCACAUCGACACACAAGCGCAAUGGGGCGUCGUCUCAGCCACCACGACCCACAACGGCACCGCCCUCUCCUUCACCACGCAGCGCAGCCCCUCCGAUGGCGGCCAGCAGAAGCCCAUCACCUCGCCCUCAGUUUUCACCAAGCCCUCCACCGCCGACAUCUUCAGCUGCAGCACGGGGCCCUUCGCCACGGGCGCCAACGCGCUCACCAACGCCAUCAUCCCCCGUCUGUCCGCGGCGUUCAAUCGCUCGACCUUGCUCAAGACCGACGCGUUCCCCGCCAGCCAGAGCUUGUUCUACCAGGAGGCCGUGACGAACCACUACAGUCGCGUGGUGCACGAGAAUAACUACGACGGCAAAGGCUAUGCUUUUCCGUACGACGACGUGCAGCCGUCGGGUGGGGCGGAUCAGAGUGGUGAGGUCCAUGCUGGGGAUCCGAAGGUGUGGACUGUCACGGUUGGCGGGGGCUAG